AUGGCAUCCAUAGCUCAACCAUGGUUGAUCUCCAAAUUCGUCGAUCCCAUCUUUGCUGUCUUCAUCGGCUUAUCUGCAGCCACUCUUCGCAUUCGUCGUGAGCAGCUCGAAAAAUAUCCCAAUGAGAACGCGACGCCUCUAGCCCUAUGGCAGAAGGGUGUCAGGAUGGGCACAAGCUAUUACCGCCGUGGAAUGGGAAAAUGA